AUGGCUGCUCCUGCUGAAAAGACCAUCACCGACCUCAGCGGUAAAUGGGUUCUCAACAAGACUCUGUCCGAUAGCUCAGAGCCUAUCCUCUCCCUCCAGGGCAUUGGAUACCUCACUCGCAAGGGAAUUGGCAUGGCUACAAUCACCAUCGAUGUUAACCAAUACAGUGCCCCUCCCAAGGCACCCAACACUUCCACCGACGUCGUCACCCAUAUCGACAUCACCCAGUCUGCCUCUGGCUUGACAAGCACACAAGAGAACCGCUGUCUGGACUUCAACGACCGCGAGCACUCUGAUUGGCUGUUCGGCAACGUCAAGGGCCGCUCCCGCUUCGUCACUCUUGACGAGGUCGAGGACGACUUUCUUAAGCAGGGCUGGCUCGUCGAGGACGAGGGUAAGCUCGUCCAGAGCAUCGCCGAAAGUCUCGACAAUGGCUGGGUCGCUACUCAGAUCUGGGGCUUCGAGGAUGUCAAGGGUGAGAGGAGGUACGUGAGGCAUGUGCUUGUGACUAAGGGCGAUAAGAGAGUCACUGCCAAACUCAUCUACGACUACCAAGGCUAG